UCACAAGUGCAUCCGUCUUCAACUCUUCGACUCUUCGUCACUUCCCACCAGGCGUGAUGAGAGAACAAGACAGCUAGUAUCCCUGCUAGACCAUCCAAAGAUUCCGAACUAAAGAGUAACAACAACAACAACAACAAUGGAGUUCACGCCACAGCAGCUUCUGCAAUACAACAGUACCGACCCAUCAACACCCUUCUACGUUGCCAUCAAAGGCUGCGUCUUCGAUGUGACAACUGGCAAAACCUUUUACGGCCCAGGCGGUGCGUGCGCCAUGUUCGCAGGCAAGGAUGCAAGCAGAGCUUUAGCAAAAAUGAGCAAGAACGACGAGGAUAUCACUUCCUCUCUCGAUGGUCCGUCCGAUAAAGAGAUCGGUGUUCUUGCUGAUUGGGAGAAGAAGUUCGAAGCUAAGUAUCCGGUUGUUGGUCGUGUUGUUUCUUAAUGUUUAGGCCUUUGUGUAUCAUGUUUAUUAUAGUUAAGCAUUAUAAGCAUAUAAAUAGCUGUGUUUUUGUGCGUAUUGGGAUAUUAUGUGCUGGAAUGUCAGAAUUUGUUUGGAAGAUGUUAACUUUAUACUAAAGCUAUAUGGUUGUUGGGUUCGAAGGACUGUGUAUGAGUAUGAAAAACUUGCUGGCGGUGUAGUGAAUAAAUGGAUUAAUAAAAUGAAUAUGGGUUGUGUGAA